AGGUGGCUCGGAUGUUGAUAUCAUCCGGGGAUUUGCUUGUGUCGCCCUUUGAAAGACUCUAGUUCCCCUUCCUCCCCAGCCCUUCAGAACUGACCCCGCUUCUGGUGACACAUCUCAGUUGGAUGCUGUGCUGUAUUUAUCUUUUUUUCACCCCCGUUUCCAGACCAUCUGAGAACCGUGUUGAGUUCACAAGACCGCGACAUAAACAUUGAGGCCAGGGAGGAGGCGAAGGGGAUCUUACACUCCUUUUAAAACCUCAAACAUGGGAAAGUCUCUUUCUCAUUUGCCUUUGCAUUCGAAUAAAGAAGAAGGUUAUGAUGGGGUCACAUCGACAGACAAUAUGAGGAAUGGACUGGUUAACAACGAAGUGCAUAAUGAAGACGGAAGAAACGGAGACGUCUCUCAGUUUCCGUAUGUGGAGUUUACGGGAAGAGAUAGCGUCACUUGUCCCACUUGCCAAGGAACAGGAAGAAUUCCUAGGGGGCAGGAAAACCAAUUGGUGGCAUUGAUCCCAUAUAGUGAUCAGCGAUUACAACCAAGAAGAACAAAGCUGUAUGUGAUGGCAUCUGUGUCUGUCUGCCUGCUGCUGUCUGGAUUGGCUGUGUUUUUCCUUUUCCCUCGAUCUAUUGAUGUGAAGUAUAUUGGCGUAAAAUCAGCCUAUGUCAGUUAUGAUUUUCAAAAGCGAACCAUAUAUUUAAAUAUCACGAACACACUAAAUAUAACAAACAAUAACUAUUAUUCCGUUGAAGUUGAAAACAUCACUGCUCAAGUUCAGUUUUCAAAGACAGUUAUUGGAAAGGCACGCUUAAACAACAUAACUAAUAUUGGCCCACUUGAUAUGAAGCAGAUUGAUUAUACGGUACCUACAGUUAUUGCUGAGGAAAUGAGUUACAUGUACGAUUUCUGUACACUGGUCUCCAUCAAAGUACACAACAUAGUACUCAUGAUGCAAGUAACUGUAACAACGACGUACUUUGGCCACUCUGAGCAAAUAUCUCAGGAGAGGUACCAGUACGUAGACUGUGGAAGGAACACAACUUACCAGUUGGCCCAGUCUGAGUAUCUAAAUGUCCUUCAGCCACAACAGUAAUGCCUGAAGAUGUGACAGAGCAAGAAGACACCCGAGGUUUGCUCAGAACUGUCAGUGAGGACGUAUUGCCUAGAAGGACCUCUUGAAUUGAGCAUGUCUAAAGUGUACCUAGGACACUGAGGGUUCAGAUGACAGAAUCUGUUCCUUACACGGUUACUGGACUCUUGUUCUGUGUCGAUGAUUUGCUCAUACUAGGAGCCUUUAUUCGACUGUAAGUUAACUGAUUGGCUUUCUUCUUAUCUUCGUUCCCAAGGUGAAAAAUGAGACAUCCUCUAAAUACAAUAAAUAAAUAUAUAAAAGUCAUAGACUUAAUCUAUAGCUCUAUUGAUAAUAUAGUUCAGUCAUGAACAUAAUUUGAAAAAUAACUUCUGAAGAUUUUUCUAUGAAAUUACUGAAAGUCAUGGAGGACUUUUAAAAACUAACCUGUUUUAUAAAUUCCCAUUCUUACAUGAUGGUAGUCUUUUGACUAUAUAACUUAGCUAUUAGCUAAAUGUUUUUAGCCUUUAAUUUGUUGAAAUUCUACUCAUUUGCAUGGUUUUGUCUUAUUUCUAGCUAAUGAUUGCAUAUUUACCAACCAUAACAGUAUGCAAAAUUCUGUUCUACACUUUGUAAGAACCUCUUAGUAUGUGCUUCAUGUAUAGCUUCGUGAACUUUUUGUGAUCAUCAAACGUAUUCCUUUUGUGUACAAUAUUGUAAAUAAACUGCAUGACUUUUAUACAGCUUUGAUAAAUGUCAAAUGAAGUGGUACUGAUUGAGAAGUAAAGCAAGUUGUUCAUAAAAAAUAAAGCAGGGCAAUGAAAUUCAGAAAUCUAUAAAGUAUCAGUAGAUUCUGACUACUUGUUAGAUCUGGCAUAAAAUAGAUAUAUAAUAAAACAGUUUGAUGCUUUACUUUUAUGUUGCUUUUCAUAUUAAGAAUUACAUAAAUAUUUUUCACAAUGAUUAGGUAUCAUCAAUUUUAUGAAUGCUUUAUGGAAGGAAAUUAUUUUUACUAAAAAUUAUUCAAGAAAUCCUUUCAUUGAACAUUGAUGGCUAUAUCAAAAUAAAACCUGUAGUUUAAUUUUAAAUAUUUAGUCUUUGUAAUCAUACUGAUUUGAUGCUUUUAGCAGUUAAGUAAUUCUUCCUUUUUUAAAUUUCAUCUAGCACUGUUUUCAAGUAUGAUGGAUGUUCACCAUAUUGUGACAUAUUUUGAGCAUCAUUUUCCAUAAGGUGGUUUACCUUAUUCACUCAGAAAACUCUAAGACCCUUUUAGAAACAUAACACUAACAUAGGAGCUAAGUAUGAUACCAAAUUGUUGGAGGAGGGUCACUUGGGUCAUUUCAGCUACUCGGCCCCGAAAUAAUCACACAGAAACCAUAUUAUUUAAAUCACUGCCCAUUAGCCCUAGCCUCUUAUUGGCUAACUUUACAUCUUAAUUUAACUGAUUUUUAUUAAUCUGUGUGUCGCCACAAGGCUGUGGCUUACUGGGAAAAGUUUCAGCAUCUGUGUCCAAGCAGGGCUACAUGGCUUCUCUGACUCCUUCUCCUUUCUCCCAGCAUUUAGUUUAGUUUUCCCUACCUAGCUCUGUUCUGUCCUGCUAUAGGUCCAAAGCAGUCCUUUUUUAACCAAUGGCAUUCACAACCUACAGAGGAAAAUACCACAUCACCAGAUUAAUUUCUUUUUGUUUUCUCAUUGAAGAAAUUGGGUUUUCCUUUCCACAUACCCAAGUGCCUACCUUAGUUGUGGUGUGUAACCUAUUCACCAGUCUGGUUCUCAAGUAUAAAGCAUAAAUUCUAAUGGCUUAAUCCUGUCCCUUAAGCACAUGUAUGUCUUCCCAUACCAUAUUCCUCACUGUGAGUGAACAUUGCAAACAUCCAUUUUUUUGUGUCUUACAUUCCUCAGGGGUUACAAGGCUGGCCGUGCUGUCAUGCCCAGACCAUCCAUCCUUUGCAGUCAUUCCUUCUCUCAUCAAACCAGUCUUUGAUGGAUGCCUUCCUUUCCUGUGCUUGCCGGUCAUCCUCUCCCCCACCACCUCCACGUUCCUUCUCCUUCAGUCUGCACAAAUUGCACAAAUGUCCUGUUGGGCUUAUUCUUUCUGAAUUAAACUCACUUCAUUAUCUGUAUUCUCUCAUUUUAACGUAACCAGUGGCUGUGACUCCUCUGAUUUUCCCUUUGUCCAGAAAUAUUUAAUCCUAUUUCUCGAAAAUAACUGUUAUCAGUAGUUAGGCCUCCAAGCCUGUGUCUCUUCCUGACCAGUAAACUCUGUAGUUUAAUGCUUGCUCAGUUAGCUUUGAUGCUUUAGUGACUGUCUAUGUGUCAAAACAAAAUGCUUUCUGCUGUGCUUUCCCCUACCCUUCAUACCUCACUACACGGUGUAUAAAAUUGUCAUUCAUUCAUUUCUUCUAAAUCAAUCUUUCCACAUGCCCCAUAUAGUGGUCCCCUUCUGGGUUCCUUCUGUGUGUGCUCUAGUCUGGGAUUGCACUGUGUAACUGAGAAAGUCUGUUUCACCUUCUAGAGUGCCUGCGGAAGGCCUGAGGGGCAGGGCAGUGCAGCCACUGGAAGCAACGUCGCUCCCAGUGAUUCAAUUUUCUUAACUUUAAAAAAUUCAAUCACGUAUAGACAUCUAGGUUUAAUGUCUCGUUUUGAUGAUGUUUGAGUCAUUAAAAAAAAAAACAGUUGGAAUUUAAACCCAAGUAAACGAUAAAAGGAAGAGAGAUGAAGAUUGCCUAUGACUGUUCAAGGAGAAUCAAGUAACUCCUGGGUAGGCCAGGGUGACUAAAAAGCUGUAAGUUAAUGAAACUGAAACCAGCAACAAGAGAACCCUUGUAUUGGAGAAACUAAACGAGAGCUGUAGAAGCAUGGGGAAGUAUGAAUGAGACUUCGGCUUUUCUUGGGUCAGUGCUGAGUCUGACUUCUGGCAUGGAGAAAGGGUGGGUAUGAAGAUAUGUUUUUGAGUACCUUCGUAACCUAGCCAGACACUUGAUGAAGACAUUAUAGUAUUGCUCCAUGUUCUCAGAAGUAAAUUCUGUUCUGUUCUAAUCCAGUAUUCAGCCAGACUAUGUGGAUAUUGUGUGUACAAUACACUGCUGUUGCUCUCCUGUCUGCUUCUCUUAUGUGAUUUCUCAGCAGGAUGCUGAGAAGAUUUGCUUUAAAAUUAUAUUUCAGUAAAUACUUUAACUGUGGCCAGAACUAGGUUCUCUGUCUCUCAUAUUUGUGCCCUAUUAUUUAAAAUAUCUAUCAGAAAGUUGUGACUAAUUGGCUUAAUGCUGUUAAAUUUAGAAGUGUCCAGUAAACUGGUUCAGUACAGAAAGAUGUUGCCAAGGCUGGUGACCUGAGUUCAGUUUCUACAUCUCAGAGGGGAAGGGGAGAUCUUAACUUCUACAAGUUGUUCUCUGUUGCCCACGCACACACAGUACCACAUGUAUAUGCACACAUAAAUAACACACAAAUGCAUGUAAAAACAGAAUAAAAUUUCUUGAAGUUAAUAGUGAUGGGCUACGAUUUUGGUAACUUCAAGUUGCUAUUUAAAAUAUUUCUAAUACUAAAUUGAACAAUGUAUAUAGAAUACUUUAAAGCCUACCCUGGAACUUAAUUUUUGUUUCCAUGUUUACUAUUCCUCAAUAAUUCCAAUAAAAAUAAAACUUUUUCAGUGUGACUUAUUUAUAAGUCAGAUUAUUAUGUUUGAUAUUUGUAAUACAGUGUGAAAAUAUUACACAUGAGAUAAUUUACCUGAAGUUGCUUGAAAGCCCACAUUGAGGUAACAUUUAAUAGACCAUAAUUGUAUUUUGUGCUCAGUUAUAUUUUGAUUUUUGUUUACUUGGGCUUAAUGAAGUAGUUCUCCAAAAAAAAGUUACAAUCCAGUGCUCCAAUGUGGGUCUCCGUCUCUAUCUCCAGAGAACAGGGGCCAGCUUUAUGCCUCUCACUUUUUUUGUGAAACUAGGUUUUAAAUGAGAUAUUUAACUUUUUAAGAAAAAUUAUUACAUAUCUGAGAUAGUUGGGUAAGAACCAUUAUUGAAGUUUUAUUUUUGAUUAAAACGAAUGUGUUUGUGAUAUACUUGGAUCAAAAUUUUAAAUUCUAAUAUCCAAGAUCUACUUACAUAGCAAUAAUCAUCCAUAGUUUUUAAUUGGAACUGCAUCGUGUGUCUUUAGUUUGCUUAGUUCCAGGUUUCACAGAGGAAUUUUGAAACUUAUCUUUAAUUUGGGUAAAACCAACAGUGAUAUGUUUACUAUAGGACUGAAAUGGAAUUCCCAUGUUUUCAAAUGUUAAUGCAAUUACUUUUCAAGUUUUUUUUUUUUUUUUGCACAUUUAACACAGCCUCCAAGUUGAAGAACAUAGUGUGGUUGCUGUUGAACCCUCAAAGCACUGCCUAGAUAGCUUAGCAAGAUUAUGAGAAGCUUUUCAUAGUUGAGUCUAACUAUCCUAGAAGGAAGUUGUUGCCUUCUGUUUAAUUACAUUAAUUGAAAUGUGUUUAGGAAAAAUGUUUUCAGGAUAUUUUGUAUGCUGCAAAACACAAAAGAAUAGUAUUGUGCCAAUGGCCAAAGGUAAUAUUACUACCAUGUAGAAGUCUAAAUUGACCCACUUCACUCAGAAUUUUAGAAACUAGAAGUCUGGGAGAUGCUGCAUCAGCUGUCUUGGGUAAUUCUUAGUGCUGUCCAGGAUGAGGAGAAACAAAGCCAGGCUGUACUAGAUGCAGAGUAUUGUUACACAGAGGCUGGCUAGACUCUAACCGUCAAUUCAAAUCGUGGAAUAGAAAAUGUAAAAUAUGUUCUGUAUACUUGCUCUUUAGUGGUCUCCAUCAUGGUACAUCUAUUAAAUUUAUUAUUUGUGCAGUUCAGUUCUGAAUUUUAGUUAUGAUUGCCAUUUGUGUAGGAAAAUGUGGUUGUGAAAGGAAUAAAAGAAUAGACAUGCCCCUCAAUGCUAUUUUUUAAAUCCACUUGUAACUGUUACUCUUAUACUUGUGUAUGACAAAAUAAAAUUUGUAAAAAACAUUUUAGCAUGAAAAAUAAAAUUUAUAUCAAUGAAUUAAAUGAA